AUGAAGUGGUUCGGCAGUAUGUCCCUCAGCAGCAAAAGGAGUAAGAGGAGGAGUAGAAGGAGCAGCAGUUGGAGCAGCAGCACUGGUAGUAAUAGUGUGCUGCUCUCCCUGGCUCUCCUGGUGGCGGUGACCCUUAUCGCAGACCCCGCGGCGGCUCAAAAGCAGCGGACCGGCGGCGGCUCAGAAAAAGUGCCGGUCCUGAACAUUGCAGUGAUCCUGGGGCGCACGCGCUACAUCUCAGACCGCGACAUCCGGGCGCUGUGGAGCAAGGAGGACCCCAUCGACGUCAACGUGGUCACACUGCUGGUCAACGAGACCGACCCGAAAAGCAUCAUCACCCAUAUGUGCGACCUGAUGUCCGGGACCAAGAUCCACGGCGUGGUGUUCGGGGAUGGCACCGACCAGGAGGCCAUCGCCCAGAUUUUGGAUUUUAUUUCCUCGCAGACGCUCAUACCCAUCCUGGGCAUCCAUGGAGGGUCGUCCAUGAUCAUGGCUGAUAAGGAUGUGAAGUCGACAUUCUUCCAGUUCGGUGCCUCCAUCCAGCAGGAGGCUCUGCUGAUGCUCAACAUCAUGGAGGAGUACGACUGGCACAUCUUCUCCAUCGUCACGUCAAAGUUCCCCGGCUACCAGGAGUUCAUCAACAUCCUAAAAACAACUGUGGACAACAGUUUUGUGGGCUGGGACCUGCAGAAUAUCAUCAUUCUGGACGCAGUGGAAGAAGACAGCCGGUCGCAGAUCAUGCUCAAGAAGGUCCAGUCCCCCGUGGUCCUGCUCUACUGCUCCAAGGAUGAGGCGGUCUACAUCCUGGAGGAGGCUCGCUCCCUGGGCCUCACCGGAUUUGGAUACAUCUGGAUCGUGCCCUCGCUCACCACCGGGAACCCGGAAAUAACGCCCGACGAGUUUCCGCCGGGAAUGAUUUCGGUGUCGUACGACGACUGGGACUACCCGUUGGAGGCGCGAGUUCGGGACGGCCUGGGGAUCAUAACGUCGGCGGCGGCGGCCAUGUUGGAGGAGUAUGGCGACAUCCCUGAGGCCAAGACGUCCUGUUACGGCCAGAUGGAGAAGACAACCAAGCUGCCACCCAGUGCGCUACAUAAGUACAUGAUGAAUGUGACAUGGGAUGGCAGAGACUUGUCAUUCACGGAGGAUGGCUACCAGGAAUACCCAAAGCUGGUGGUGAUUGUUCUCAACAAGGACAGAGAGUGGGAGAAGAUGGGGAAACUGGACAACCGCAGCCUGACACUGAAGUACCCGGUGUGGCCGCGCUUCAACUCCUUCGGCGACGCCGAGCUGGACGACAACCACCUGUCCAUCGUCACUCUAGAGGAGAAGCCGUUUGUGAUUGUGGAGGACGUAGAGAGGCUCACCGGUACCUGCAUGAGGAACUCCGUGCCCUGCAGGAAACAUAUCAAAGACAACACAACAGAGGCUGGUGGGACAUACAUCAAGAAGUGCUGCAAAGGCUUCUGCAUCGAUAUUCUGAAGAAAAUUGCAAAGUAUGUGAAGUUCACCUAUGACCUGUACCUGGUAACCAAUGGCAAGCAUGGCAAGAAGAUCAACAACGUCUGGAAUGGGAUGGUGGGAGAGGUGGUCUAUAAGAAAGCCGUCAUGGCCGUCGGAUCUCUGACGAUCAAUGAGGAGCGUUCUGAGGUCAUCGAUUUCUCCGUCCCGUUCGUGGAAACCGGGAUCAGCGUCAUGGUCUCCCGUAGCAACGGAACCGUCUCCCCGUCAGCCUUUCUCGAGCCAUUCAGUGCAUCAGUGUGGGUGAUGAUGUUUGUGAUGCUCCUACUGGUGACUGCAAUGGCUGUCUUCAUGUUUGAGUACAUCAGUCCUCUUGGUUUUAACAGAAACCUGGCGCAGGGGAAAGACCCUCAUGGCCCUUCCUUCACCAUGGGCAAGGCCGUGUGGCUGCUGUGGGGUCUGGUCUUCAACAACUCUGUGCCGGUGCAAAACCCAAAAGGAACCACCAGUAAGUUCAUAGUGUCUGUGUGGGCCUUCUUCGCUGUCAUCUUCCUGGCCUCCUACACUGCCAACCUGGCUGCCUUCAUGAUCCAGGAGGAGUUCGUCGACCAAGUCACCGGUCUCUCCGACAACAAGUUUCAGAACCCAUACGCAUACUCGCCUCCGUUCCGCUUUGGGACGGUUCCAAACGGCUCCACAGAGAGGAACAUCAGGAAGAACUAUCCCGCCAUGCACCAGUACAUGGUGAAGUAUCAUCAAACUGGAGUGCAGGACGCACUUGUCAGCCUGAAAACGGGUAAACUGGACGCCUUCAUCUACGAUGCAGCAGUGUUGAACUACAUGGCCGGCAGAGACGAGGGAUGUAAGCUGGUGACGAUUGGCAGCGGGUACAUCUUUGCCACCACUGGUUACGGCAUCGCUCUACAGAAAGGCUCCUACUGGAAACGACAGGUGGAUCUGGCCAUCCUGGCCAUCAUCGGAGAUGGUGAAAUGGAGGAGUUGGAAGCCCAGUGGCUGACGGGUAUUUGCCACAACGAGAAGAACGAGGUGAUGUCCAGCCAGCUGGACGUGGACAACAUGGCUGGGGUCUUCUACAUGCUGGCCACUGCUAUGGGGCUCUCUCUUAUCACCUUUGUCUCCGAGCAUCUCUUCUACUGGAGGCUCAGAUACUGCUUCACUGGGGUCUGCACCGGCAAGCCGGGUCUUCUUUUCUCCAUCAGUCGGGGAAUCUGGAGUUGCAUCCAUGGCGUCCAUAUUGACAUGAAGAAAAAGACAGAUCUGGACUUCAGCCCUCAAGACAAAAUGCUCAAGCUCAUUAAAUCGGCCAAACAGAUGACCAACAUGUCUAACCUGAGUGGCUCCCGUAUGAACUCACCCAAACGUGAGUUCAUGCACUCAGCUGGCCCCAUGAUCAUGGACAUGAUGGCAGAGAAGGGCAACUUCAUCUACGCUGAUAACCGAAGCUAUGCUCCCAAAGAUAUGAUCUAUGGGGACACUGGUGACCUGCAGUCUUAUCUUGCGAACCGCCACAAAGAUCACCUUAACAACUAUAUCUUCCAGGGAGGCCAGCAUCCUCUGACCCUGAAUGAUGCCAAUCCCAACACAGUAGAAGUUGCAGUGAAUGCUGAUGCAGUCCAGACCAAUGCCAAGCCGCCCCGGACCCUGUGGAAGAAGUCAGUGGACACGCUCCGUUCUGUGCCACCUGGGCCCCCACCGAUGCCUGACAUGCUGAUGCCAGACCCGCGAAUGUCGAUGAAGACACAGCGCUACCUCCCUGAGGACACAGCCCACUCUGACAUCUCCGACUGUUCCAGCAGGGCGGCCUCCUACAAGGACCCAGAAAACAACAAGCACCUGAAGCCCAAGGACAACUUAAAAAAAAGAUCGGUGACGUCAAAAUACCCAAGGGACUGCAGUGAGGUGGAGCUGUCCUACUUAAAGACUAAGCAGGUCAGCGGCGGAACCAACCAAACCGGGAGAGGAGGAGGAGGAGGAGAGAAAAUCUACACCAUUGACUCAGACCGAGAGCUGAGCCUGCACUCAGACCCUGUUCUCUACCGCGAGAGUCGUGGCCUCGCUGCUGAUGAUUUGGAUUAUCCUGAAAUCUACUCUGACCACAGUGACAACUACAGGAAGUGUGAGCAGCCCAUCAUUCAUCUGAACUCUUCACCUUUGCAUCACACCGACUCAGAUCUUCUACCAGACCCAACUUACUCUAAACACUACAGCGUCAAGGAGAAAAACCUUACCCUGUCCCCACAUGAGUCCAUUGAUCGCUACAAGCAGACACAUUGUCGUUCCUGCUUGUCCAAAGUGACCGCGAGCUACCCACCAGGAGGGCCGUAUACCCCUACUGUAUCUGCCUCAGCUUCUGCCACACGCUCACCCUAUAAUCGGUGUGAAGCAUGCCUCCACACAGCCAACCUGUAUGACAUUACUGAGGACCAGCUUCUUACAGACCCCUUAGUCAGUCCCACCAUGCACCACCAACAGCAGCAGCAACCAGACGAAAUGUUUGGUCUGUACUGGCCACAGACGGAUGGGCCGCACGUCCAAAAGAGAAACCGCUUGAGGCUGAGUCGUCAGCACUCCUUUGACAACAUCAUGCUAGAAAAGCCCAAGGAUGUAGACCUGGGCCGACCGGCGCGCAGCGUCAGCCUCAAGGAGAAGGAUCGCUUCCUGGACUCCACAUCUGACUCGCACUAUGCGAACCUCUUCGGCAUGCGUCCCUACUCCGGCAGACUGUUUGGUACCGGCUCCAAAUCCAUGCUGUUUAACCACAACCUGGAGGAGAGCAAGAGGAGCAAGUCCCUGUACCCGGCCCAUGGCUCGGAAAACCCUUUCCUCAGCCACUCGCUGAGGGAUGACACCAGCAGCAGACUGGUCCAUGGGCGUAGCUCCUCUGAUAUUUACAAACAGCUGGCGGUGGCCUCACCUGCGGCGGUCCUUGGAGCGCCCCCCGUCAAAACACGCAACGAUGCGAACAAUCUCCGCUCAUCUGUUAAAUCCACCACUUCAUACUGCUCACGAGACGGGCGGAUAGCCAAUGACAUGUACAAUAAAGAGCAUGUGAUGCCUUACUCAGCCAAUAAGACUAGUGCAUACCCGGCCCCACGUGGUGUCCUAAACUCAGCCCAGUUCAGCAAUAGACGGGUGUAUAAAAAAAUCCCCAGUCUGGAGUCAGAUGUUUAG